CUUUGCACAUUCGGCCUCCCAUACCCCUCUAUUCACCCAUCCUGACGCACUCAGCCUCCAACACCCACCUUGAACAUUCCCCAUCACACACUCCCCGGCACAGUUCUGUCACCCUCGGCUCCUGCUGCCACCCCCCAGCCAUACUGCCAGCCUUUCCCAGAACUUCAGCCUUGCCCCAUCACUCACCCCAAACCCACCAUGUCCCUCGGGCCACUGAAAUUCCAGGCAGUAGGUGAAGAAAAUGAAGAGGAUGAGGAGGAAGAGAGCCUGGACUCUGUGAAGGCACUGACGGCCAAGCUGCAGCUGCAGACGAGGCGGCCUUCGUAUCUGGAGUGGACAGCCCAGGUCCAGAGCCAGGCCUGGCGCAGGCCCCAAACCAGACGUGGGCUGGGGGGCCCUGGGGCCCUCUGCGGCUUCGACUCAAUGGACUCUGCCCUCGAGUGGCUCCGACGGGAGCUGCGGGAGAUGCAGGCUCAGGACCGGCAGCUGGCGGGGCAGCUGCUUCGGCUGCGGGCCCAGCUGCACCGGCUGAAAGUGGACCAAGCCUGUCACCUGCACCAAGAGCUGCUGGACGAGGCGGAGCUGGAGCUGGAGCUGGAGCCGGGGGCCGGCCUCGCUUUGGCCCCGCCGCUGCGGCACCUCGGCCUCACGCGCAUGAACAUCAGUGCCCGGCGCUUCACCCUCUGCUGAGGGGCGCCUGGGUGCCUCCUGAGACCUCCUGGGAAGGAGGAAGGGAGGGGUGUCUCAAAGGUGCCAGCCCCUGGCAAGGGGUAGUGGGAGGGUUGGGGGGGUGUCACUCAGUUCUCUGGGAGCAUAAAGCCCCAGCAUCCCGGUACCCCUGCUGCCCUGGCUUGGGGAGGGGAGGUUGGAGGAAGGGGAAAAGCUCACAGACCCCCAAGCUCUUCAAUAAAGGCCCUCUCCACUUCCCACCAAGGUCUCCGCAGUA